GUUACACGUACAGGUUGUGUUGCCUCUUGCGCUGCUUCGGUUAGCUGGCUGAUAUGAUAUUUAAAUUGCAUUUAUAUGUAUAAGCUAAAGCAUCAGCGUAAAAAGCAAAUUUAUUUUUGUUGAAAAUUAGAUUUGUUUACUUUUAUUCAAUUAAAAAACGCGCGCCUGUGAAAGUGUUGCCGUGACCGCUAAAAAUCUAGGCGAAUUUAAAUUUGCAAUUGUAUUGGUGACCAUCGCUGGCUACAGUGUGUGUAGGUGUAUGUGUAUAAGUGCGAAUGUGUUAGUGUUUACAAGUGCAGCGACGCCACUGAAACACAAACUGCAUAUAACAGUAAACCAGCAGAAUAGCCGAAAUUGAGAGAACUGUGGUAGGAAGCGAUCCAGCGCAGCCGGCAGAAGAGGUUAAAGCAUCGACAUGGUCGUCAAGGAAAUGCCCCUGCACGAGAAUCUCAGCCUGGAAAGCCGACACGGCAAUGCUAUGGCAAUGCCUGCCAGUAGCAACCCGCCAGCAACCACAACCACAUUCUCAAGGAUGGGACGACGUUAUAGCGUGUCCCUAACGACGGCGGUGCUGCUGGCAUCCUUCUUCGUUUGCACACUGCUCGCGGUUGGCUUUAUCGUCUACAAUUUUGCGACUUGCGCACAGCUGGAGGCGGCACCCGGCGAGGAUAUUGUAUGCACCAGCGUCCAUUUGCGCAACUCGAAGCACUCAAAGGGCGCCAGCGAUGGUCCCAAAUACGAUCAGGAUGUUCGCCUGCCAUCCUCCAUACAGCCCCUAAAGUACAACAUCACAUUGGAGCCACAGAUGAGCGGAAAUUUCAGCUUCACGGGCAGCGUUCAGAUACGCGUGCGUGUGCUCGAGGAUUGCUAUAACAUAACCAUGCACGUCGAGGACCUGAAUAUUACACGCAACGAUGUGGGCGUCUAUCGUGCACUGCCUGGUGGCAAGGACGAGUGGGAGACAAACAGUCUGCGCAUCCACAAGCAGUAUCUAGUGGGCGCCAAGCAGUUCUUCAUCAUCCAGCUGUACGAUAAAUUGUAUCGCGGCUCUGAAUAUAUGGUGGACAUUCGCUUUGCCGGCAUUAUAAAAGACUACUUGCAGGGUUUCUACCGCAGUUCCUACGAGGUGCUCAACGAGACCAGGUGGCUGGCGUCAACACAGUUCCAGGCUACGGAUGCACGACGCGCCUUUCCCUGCUUCGAUGAGCCGGCGCUUAAGGCCAAUUUUACACUGCACAUAGCGCGACCUCGUCACAUGACUACCGUCUCCAACAUGCCUAUUAUCUACAGCAACAACCACGAAUCGCUGGGCAACUAUGUGUGGGAUCACUUUGCCGAAUCGCUGCCUAUGUCCACCUACCUGGUGGCCUAUGCCAUCACCGACUUCAAGCACAUCUCAUCGGGCAACUUUUCAGUCUGGGCACGUGCCGAUGCCAUCAAAUCAGCCGAGUAUGCGCUGAGCGUGGGUCCCAAGAUUCUUGAUUUUCUGCAGAACUUUUUUGGUAUCCCGUUUCCGUUGCCGAAGAUCGAUAUGAUCGCGCUGCCGGAAUUUCAAGCUGGCGCUAUGGAAAACUGGGGCCUUAUUACAUUCCGGGAAACGGCCAUGCUGUACGAUAAGGGCGUGGCCACAGCCAGCAACAAACAGCACAUUGCCUCUGUGGUGGGGCACGAGUUGGCCCAUCAGUGGUUCGGCAACCUGGUCACGCCCAGUUGGUGGUCGGAUAUUUGGCUAAAUGAAGGCUUUGCCAGCUACAUGGAGUAUCUGACAGCGAAUGCCGUGGCGCCCGAGUGGAAGUUGCUCGAUGAAUUUGUAGUUAAUGAAAUGCAGACUGUAUUCCAAUUGGAUGCGCUAGCAUCCACUCAUAAGAUCUCGCAGGAGGUUGGCAAUCCGCAAGAGAUUUUCGAAUUGUUUGAUCGGAUCUCAUAUGCCAAAGGCUCAACUGUGAUCCGCAUGAUGAGCCACUUUCUCACCGAUACAGUUUUCAGGCGAGGACUCAGCAAGUAUUUGAGCGAAAUGGCAUACAAAUCGGCCACCCAGGAUGAUUUGUGGCGCUUUCUGACCGACGAAGCAAAAACCUCGGGCUUGCUGGAUAGCAGCACAAGUGUGAAGGCAAUCAUGGAUACCUGGACCCUACAAGCUGGCUAUCCGAUGGUCAAGAUCUCGCGCCACCCCAACUCGGAUGCUGUACGCCUGGACCAGGUGCGUUUCGUUUACGGUAACAGCAGCAACGCGGACGGCCAUCCGCUUUGGUGGAUACCCAUCACAUUUACGACUGCGGGCGAACUUAAUUUUGAUAAUACACGACCGACCACGUGGAUACCGCGUACGAAAACGUACGAGCUGGAAAAUCGCAACCUUUCCACAGCCAAAUGGUUUAUAUUCAAUAUACAGCAAACGGGCUUUUACCGAGUCAACUAUGAUUUAGAUAACUGGCGUGCGGUGACUGAGCAUCUAAUGGACGCGAAUCAGCACGUUCAAAUUGCUCCCGCCAAUCGCGCCCAGCUAAUUGAUGACGUCAUGAAUUUGGCCCGUGGUUCCUAUCUGUCAUAUGACACGGCCUUGAAUCUAACUCGCUAUCUUGCAUAUGAGACGAACCGUGUGCCCUGGAAGGCAGCCAUUACAAACUUUAACUUUAUCGAUUCCAUGUUUAUUAAUUCGGGUGAUUAUGAUUUGCUUAAGAACUACCUAUCAAAACUGCUAAGCAGGGUGUACAACGAGGUGGUGGACAAAGAUUCGCAGAGCGAUAACGAAAACAUUCCGCUGCUGUUGAAACGUUUCGAAAUAUUGAGCAUGGCCUGUCAUCUGGGCCAACAGCAAUGCAUCUCAGAUAGCACCAAGCAAUUCCAAAACUGGGUGCAGUCUCCCAAUCCCGAUUCAUAUAACCCAAUCAAUCCAAAUAUGCGUGGCAUCGUUUACUGCGCGGCCAUACAAUAUGGCACGGAACACGAGUGGGACUUUGCAUUUGAGCGCUAUUUGAAGACGAAUGUACCGGCGGAGAAGGAGCUGUUGCUGAGCGCGUUGGGCUGUUCCAAAGAACCUUGGCUGCUCUAUAGAUAUCUGCGUCGUGCUGUGACCGGCCAACACAUACGUAAGCAGGACGUAUUCCGUGUCUUUGCAGCCGUCUCGAACACAGUGGUGGGUCAGCAGAUUGCCUUUAACUACUUACGCAACAAUUGGUCGGACAUAAACACUUACAUGGGCUCACAGAUAUCCAACAUUCAUACGCUGCUUAAGUUUGCCACCAAGCGCAUGAAUUCGAAAUUCCAACUGUCUGAGCUGGAGGAGUUUGUCCGGGAUGCGCAUUGGGCGUAUGACAGGCCUAUUCAACAGAUCUUGGAACAGGUGGACAUUAGCGUAGACUGGAUGAACCGCAAUUACAAGCCGAUUGUCAAAUGGCUGCAGCGUGAGGCAGGAACACAACCCACGUAGGCACAAGCCGCAGACCGCGCUCCAGCUCGCAGCUGGGCUGCAGCAGUAUUACAUUUUGUAACAAAUGUGAAAUUCGUAAUUUUUAGCAUCGGGCAACCAGUGCAUUUAUGUAUUUAUGUGUAUGUUUUAGUAUUUAUAUCGAUUAUCAUCACGCGCAGUCAAAGCCAAAGAAACAACUGAAGCGCUUGAAGAAACUAUUUAAUGGGUGGUCAUUCGACGUCCUUGCAAAAUAUAAACAAAUCGUUUGUAACGUUUUUUACUUUUAAAGUCCUUUUUAAUAAGAACUAGGAGAACCCAGUACUUUUAUUUCGUAUAUUCUUAUAUUGUACUUAAAUGUAAAUUAAAUAAUCAUUAUUUGUU